AUGAGUGACGUGGAUAAGUGGAUAGAAAUUGCGAAAAAAUGUAAAUAUCUUCCAGAAGAUGAUUUGCGGGAAUUGUGCAAUAUUGUGUGUGAUUUGUUGUUCGAAGAACCAAACGUUCAGCCGGUACAGACGCCAGUUACGGUUUGUGGGGAUAUACACGGCCAGUUUUAUGAUUUAGAAGAAUUGUUUCAUAUUGGAGGUCAACUACCACAAACAAAGUAUAUUUUUAUGGGAGAUUAUGUAGACCGUGGUUACUACAGUCUGGAGACACUUACUUUGCUCUUGGCAUUAAAAGCAAGAUAUCCUGACAGGAUCAUUCUUCUCAGAGGAAAUCAUGAAACAUGUCAAAUUACAAAAGUCUAUGGAUUUUAUGAUGAAUGUCUCAAUAAGUAUGGGAAUGCAAAUGCUUGGAAAGACUGUUGCAGAGUGUUUGAUCUCCUUACUGUAGCGGCUUUAAUAGAUGAGACUGUUUUAUGUGUCCAUGGUGGGUUAUCACCAGAAAUUUCAAUGUUAGAUCAAAUACGUUGCAUAGAUAGAAAUCAACAAAUUCCCCAUAAAGGUGCCUUUUGUGAUCUACUCUGGUCAGAUCCUUCUGAUAUUGAAAUGUGGGCAAUGAGUCCUCGAGGUGCUGGUUGGUUGUUUGGUAGCAAUGUUACUGAACUAUUUAUGAACUACAAUAAUUUAAAUUUAAUAUGUCGUGCACAUCAACUCGUAAAUGAUGGUUAUAAAUAUAUGUUCGACAAACGGCUAGUCACAAUUUGGUCGGCGCCAAAUUAUUGCUACCGCUGUGGAAAUGUUGCUUCAAUUAUGGAAUUCCUUACUGUAAAUGACAGAAACGCAAAAAUAUUUCAUGCUGUUCCAGAUAGUGAAAGAGAAGUGCCUCCACAAAACACAACUCCAUACUUUUUGUAG